UUUUCACCUUCUCCCGGGGACGGUCUGCGGCUCGAGCCCAAAGUUGAGAAUAUGGCGGCGGAGGAGCGACGGACCGGCUCCGGGCUCCGGGGGAGGCUGGUGGCGGUCGCUGUCGGCUCUGGGAGAUUCCUGACGUGGGGCGUCAUGUUGGUGCUGUGUGUGUCGGUGUGCGGGUGGCCCGGUGCCCAGGGCAAGGAAUGUGAGAAGCGGUGUGUCCACGGGAACUGCAGCGCAGCGGGCGGACAGUGCGUGUGUCAAGCCGGCUGGGUCGGGGAGCUGUGUCAGCACUGCGGCGGCAGGUUCAAAUUAACUGGACAAUCUGGAUAUCUUACUGAUGGACCUGGAAAUUAUAAAUACAAAACAAAGUGUACUUGGCUUAUUGAAGGACAGCCAAACACGAUAUUGAGACUUCGAUUCAUUCAUUUUGCCACAGAGUGCAGCUGGGACCAUUUAUAUGUAUAUGAUGGGGACUCUGUAUAUGCACCAUUAUUAGCUGUGUUCAGCGGCUUAAUCGUACCUGAGAAGAAUGGGAAUGUGACUGUACCUGAAGUUGUUUCAAGAUCUGGUUAUGCUUUGCUGCAUUUUUUCAGUGAUGCUGCCUAUAAUCUAACUGGAUUCAACAUAACAUAUAGUAUCAAUUCCUGCCCAAACAACUGCUCAGGCCACGGAGAAUGCCAGGCAGAUGCUGACAACAGCACUGUGUACUGUGUGUGCAGUGAAUACUGGAAAGGAGAAGAUUGUAAUGUCCCUUACUGCAGAGACAAUUGUGGGUUUCCACAUCAUGGAAAGUGUGAUCUGAAUGAUACCAAAGCAUGUGUAUGCAAUGAUAGCUGGCAAGGUCCCGACUGCUCAUUGCCAGCUAAUCAGCCCUUUUGGGAUUGGAAAGAAUAUGCGGUACCUAUGCUCGCCCGGGCAUCCCAUAAGGCCGUUGUCAAUGACGAUAUCAUGUGGGUUAUUGGAGGCUAUGUGUUUAAUUACUCAGAGUACCAGAUGGUUGCAGCAUUCGAUCUGAGGGAUCUGCAAUGGUUUCCAUUGAAUAAAUCUGCAAAUGGGGUCGUCGGGAGAUAUGGGCAUUCUGUGGCUUUGUACAAGGAUAAAAUUUAUAUGUAUGGAGGUAAAAUCGAUUCGACAGGGAAUGUCACAAACCAGCUCUGGGUGUUUCACACUCAGAAUCAAUCAUGGAUGCAGCUGACUCCAAAGGCUAAGCAACAGUAUGCAGUUGUCGGCCACUCGGCGCAUAUUGUGCAGUUGAAAGAUGGUCGUGUGGUGAUGUUGGUCAUCUUUGGGUACUGUCCGCUUUAUGGAUACAUCAGCAAAAUACAAGAAUACAAUCUUGGUAAAGAUACAUGGGAUAUACUGCAAACAAAUGGAGCCUUGGUUCAAGGAGGAUAUGGUCACAGCAGUGUUUAUGACCCCCACACCAAGGCAAUUUACAUACAUGGUGGAUACAAAGCUGUCAGUGCUAAUAAGUAUGGCCUGACAGAUGACCUGUACAAGUAUGAUGUAGAUGCGUGUACCUGGACAAUCUUGAAGGACCGAGGAUUCUUCCGUUACCUGCAUACUGCCAUUAUUGUCAGUGGAACCAUGUUGGUAUUUGGUGGGAAUACUCACAAUGACACUUCAAUGAGCCAUGGAGCUAAGUGCUUCUCUUCGGACUUCAUGGCUUAUGACUUGGCUUGUGACGAGUGGUCUGUGUUGCCUCCGCCUGAUCUUUCUCAUGAUAUCAAUCGGUUUGGUCAUUCAGCUGUAUUCAACAAUGGCACAAUGUACAUUUUUGGUGGGUUCAACAGUCUUCUGCUAAGUGACGUUUUGAUGUUCACACCAAGCAAUUGUGGGUCUUUUUCUGAUGAAGUGGCAUGUCUUGGGGCAGCCCCAGGAGUCCGUUGUGUGUGGAAUACCAACAUGCUGCGAUGUAUACCCUGGGAAAUGGCAUCUGCAGGAGAGGCUCAUCAGAUUCUUGAUAUGUGCCCCAACAAGACAUAUGCAGAUAAUGAAAAAUGUGAUCAGUAUACUGAUUGCUACAGCUGUACAGUGAACACAAAUGGCUGUCAAUGGUGUCAUGAUAAGUGUUUGUCGAAGAACAGUAACUGCACAGAAGCCACUGUAUUAAUCUGGGAUUAUGAAGCUUGUCCAAAAGAUAAACCAGAGUAUGUUUGUAAUAAGCUGACUAGUUGUAAAAGCUGUGCUAUGGACCAGAACUGUCAGUGGGAAGCCAGGAAUCAGGAAUGCAUCCCAUUGCCUGAAACCAUCUGUGGAGAGAGCUGGCACUUGGUGGGGAACUCGUGUUUGACAAUCACCACGGCAAAAGAAAACUAUGAUAAUGCCAAGUUAUUCUGCAGGAGUCAAAAUGCAGCACUUGCCUCUCUUACAUCACAGAAAAAAGUUGAAUUUGUUCUUAAGGAGUUGCAGAUUAUGCAUGUGUUGUACAAAACUAUCAUAACCCCAUGGGUUGGAUUACGGAAAAUUAAUGUUUCAUAUUGGUGCUGGGAAGACAUGUCACCUUUCACAAACACGUCAUUGCAAUGGAUGAUGGAAGAGCCAAGUGAUGCAGGAUUCUGUGGUUAUUUGGCAGAACCUUAUUUUGCGAGUUUGAGAGCAGCAACCUGCAUCAACCCAGUAAAUGGCAGUGUGUGUGAAAGACCAGCAAACCACAGUGCGAAGCAGUGUCGAACACCUUGUGCGCUGAGAACAACCUGUACUGAAUGCACCGGUGGCAACUCUGAGUGUAUGUGGUGCAGUAACAUGAAGCAAUGUGUGGAUGCGAAUGCAUAUGUGCCUUCCUUUCCAUUUGGCCAGUGUAUGGAAUGGUACACCAAGAACAGCUGUCAAGCUGAAAAUUGUUCUGGUUAUCGAACAUGCAGUGACUGCUUGGAGCAGCCAGGAUGUGGAUGGUGUACUGACCCCAGCAAUACAGGCAAGGGACAGUGUAUAGAAGGAUCUUAUCGAGGACCAUUGAAAAUACCUGCAAUAAAUACUCCAUAUGUUCCAGUUUUGAAUGUCAGCAUGUGCCCAGCAGAAACAAAAUACAACUGGUCCUUUAUCCAGUGUCCAGCUUGUCAGUGUAAUGGCCAUUGCAAGUGUGUUAAUGAAAGCAUCUGUGAAAAAUGUGAAGACUUAACAACUGGCAAACACUGUGAAACGUGCAUUUCUGGUUAUUAUGGUGAUCCUACAAAUGGAGGGAGCUGCCAAUCCUGCAAAUGCAAUGGACACGCAACCAUCUGCAACACCAAGACAGGAAGAUGUUUCUGCACGACAAAAGGAAUCAAAGGCGACAAGUGUCAACUAUGUGACGUUGAAACACGAUACCAGGGUAACCCACUGAAAGGGACCUGUUACUAUACUCUACUGAUUGACUACCAGUUCACCUUCAGCCUGUCUCAAGAGGAUGAUCGUUACUACACUGCCAUCAAUUUUGUAGCCACCCCUGAAGAACAAAACCGAGACUUGGACAUGUUUAUUAAUGCGUCAAAGAAUUUCAACCUCAAUAUAACGUGGUCUAGUAGCUUUUUAGCGGGCACACCACCUGGAGAAGAAAUGCCAAUUGUUUCAAAAACUAACAUUAAGGAAUACAGGGACAGCUUCUCGAAUGAGAAAUUUGAUUUUCGUAACAAUCCUAAUAUAACUUUCUUUGUGUAUGUCAACAACUUCACCUGGCCCAUUAAGAUACAGAUUGCCUUUUCUCAGCACAGCAACUUUAUGGACCUUGUGCAGUUCUUUGUCACUUUUUUCAGUUGUUUUCUGUCGUUACUAUUGGUGGCUGCUGUGGUGUGGAAGAUUAAACAGAGCUGCUGGGCAUCAAGGCGGAGAGAGCAACUUCUACGUGAGAUGCAGCAGAUGGCCAGUCGCCCUUUUGCCACCAUCAAUGUUGCCUUGGAGACGGAAGAGGAGCCACCUGAUCUCAUUGGUGGAAGCAUCAAGACUAUCCCUAAACCCAUUGCGUUAGAGCCGUGCUUUGGUAAUAAAGCAGCUAUUCUCUCGAUAUUUGUACGAUUACCAAGAGGAGUGGGAGGAAUACCGCCACCAGGGCAGUCAGGUCUUGCUGUAGCCAGUGCGUUAGUUGACAUUUCCCAGCAAAAAUCAAUGGAUCACAAAGAAAAGUCUGGAGCUGUGAGGAAUAGGAAACACCUUCCCCCUGCACAACCGGGCACCUGCAUUUGACACUUCAAAGCCUCAUUUUGUCAAUCUCUGAAGGAUUUUUUUAAGAAAACUUGGCUUGAGGUGCCGGUCAACUUCCAUUGAGAUUGUGGCCGAAAGAGACAAAAAUCAUUUUAAGAAAUCCAUAUCUCUCCAUCUUGUCCCUCUGCAUGUGUGAGAUUUGCUCGCUGAAGAUUAUGUACUAGUGUCUGUAUUUCCAAGACGGAGAUUUUCAUCAUGUAAUGCCCUUUUGUUUUGCAUUCACUUAGUGAAAUCCCGUGGAGGUCACAUUGUCCAGAGAAAGAGGAAGCGAUAAUCAAAAGCAAUAUCUGUUUUUUUUUAAACCUUUUUAUUCAUCUCUAGGAACUUCAGGUGAUGGAGGGCCAGAGAGAACUUUAUAAAGUUGAUGAUAUAUGUUAAAAAAGCAGUGCUGAAAUGAAAAGAAUGUGAUAUUACAUGCUUAUAGCUCUAUUGUUAGAACCCAGAUACAAGUACGAUCUGUCUCAAGUUGCCACAGAUGCCAGUUCUGUUGGCUUGUUUCAGAAUGACUGCAGAUCAUAUUUAUACAGGGACACUUAUAACAUACCUCAGCUUGUAUAUAAAGAAAUAGUCAUUCAGAAUUACUACAUCUCAAUUUUAAUAACAUUCAGGAACGUUCCAAGAAAGUUAGAGAACAGAAUUAUUCUCGAGUAACACUAUUUGCUGACAUUUUUUUUCUUUUCUCUGUCAGGUUAACAAUUACCCAUAUGCUUUCUCAUUUUAUGGAAAAUUUGGUAGGAAACACUAAAUUGGAAGCAAGGUGAUCUGCAUCGUUUUGAUAAAGGGAACCUUGGCAGUGAAUUUUGUAAUUUUACCCUGAAAUAUGAAAAUUAGUAAGAACCUGGGAGCAAUAGAAAUGAGGUAAAAACAGAACUGCUGUGCUCUGCCAGCACCACUGAUCCAGAAUCCAGCAAUAGAAAUGGUCUGUUUAGAUUUGACGUUUGAUCUUUGUGAAGUUGUCUCGCUUUGACAUGAAGGAACAGUUCACCUAUGAAAUGGUUAGCGUGUCUAGCGAAACUUGAUCAAAAAUAAUUCAGUCAAAUUUGCACAUAAGCUUUUAUAAGAAACAGAACUAAGUGACUAUGAUUAGCAGUAAAUAUCAACUUAUCACAAUAAUUUGAUGGACUAUUCGCUGUGUGAUUUAUAUGCUCUGUACUAUAUAUCAUGUCUUUAAUGCUCCUUACCAGCCACUUGGAACCAAAUAGAAUAAAACAAAGAACUGUAGAUGCUGGAGGUCUGAAACAACAAAUAGCAGAAAUUGAUAGAGAAAGUCAGCCGGUCUGGCAGCAUUAGUGGAUAGAAAAGUUAAUAUUUUGCGUUUGAAGGGUUUGCUGGUCUCAAAAUGUUAACUGUUUUCUCUCCACACCUACACAGCCAGACCUACUGAGUUUUUCCAGCAAUUUCUAACUGAACAGAAUAUUGAUCUCUGCUGUUCUCUUGUGAAAACUGCUCCUUUUUAUGCAUGUUAAAAAGUACUUUCACACUGGCUGUUUUACAAGAAACUUUGAUGUAUACACUGGAGUGGUCUUGUGCUAGUUGAGCAUGAGAUCUGAAAGCUUGCUUAGUCAUUGAUAUUGAAAGUUGUUGCUUGCAACAGAACCACUUGGUCCAUUUUGCUGAGCCAGAAACGUCAUUACAGAUUUAAAAAGUGAAAAUGAUGGACAUUUGGAUUAAAAAUUGAGAAUGCUGUAAACAUAAAAAUUAAUUCAGCACCUUUUCUGCACAGAGGUCAGUAUUUCAAGCAUGGUUCUUCUGCAAAACUGAGCAAUACUUCAGCUUAACAAUAUCUUCAAAACAAUGAUUAAAAAUUAAUAUCAUCAGUAUAACCUUUCAACAAAAAUAGUUAUGACAUUGACUUAUGCCCAAGAUGGUAAAGUUUCAUUUCACCUUCAAAUGUUGAAAUGCCUGCAAUGAGCUCCAAUAAUUCUAAAUAUUGUAAAAGAUAAAUAAUUUCAGAAUUUACAGCAUUCACAACUAUCUUGGAUUUUUUUGGUUUUACCUGCUGAACACUAUUGCAAUUGGCCAAUCUAAAAACAAACAUUACUGCAUGUUGACAGCGAUUCCAAAUCUCAGAUUUAUCAGAAAUUUCAACUGGUGCUGAUUUAAUUCAUGGAAUUCUAGCGACCCAGAAAAAUGAUUUUAUUGCUACUAAUCACUAAUGGAGUGAUACAAAGAGGGAUUUAAAUUUUAAAAAUAAGGACUUUAAUAAUAAAUGCAAGAAAUUUGACCAGUUGUAAAAUGCUUGUAUAAAGAACUCUGAGUUUUUUCAGCAGGUGUUAACAGCACAUUGUGUACUCAUUCCAUUUAAUUCAGGGCAUACACCAAAAUCUGUGCCCAGAUCUCUCACUCCAGAAAUUAAUGGACAUUGUAGAAACUUGAAUGUUUGGCAUUGGGAAAUCCAAUUUGUCAUUUGAUCUUUGCACCUCCUUACUCUCACUGAGUGAGGACAAGAUACUCUGAGGUACGACAUAAUUCAACUGACCAUGUCAAAUUUGAGUUGUUGCUAAAGUUUGUAAUAAUUUACUUGAAUUUAGAGUAACUUUUUUUUCGAAUUUAGAAAACCACAGUGCAUUAAUAAUGAUUACUGAAAUUAGUGGUUUCAAAGUAUAAUGAGUAUAAAUAUAACUUGGAAUCUAAAUACUUCCCAAAAUGUUAAUUUAAUAAAGUGAGAAAACAGAUGCUGGCAGGUCUUGAGCUCUUUUUCAGUGACUAGAUUUAACUGGUCAGUGACAUACCCCUGUUUUGGCUUUAAUGUGGAACUGCUAUUCCUUUUACAUUCAUUAGAUUCUAAAAUUUUGGGACUUUUUAUAUUAUCUGUGAAAGGUAAUAAACCGUGAUUAUUAUCAUUCAUAGAUAGCAAGCUUAGGGCUGGAAGAAAGGUAGUCAAGGAUACUUCUAAAACAAAACACACUGAACGAUUAUUCUUUAAUAAAAUUUCUUAAUUAGGGAAUCAAAGCUAGUUGAAUUUAUUCUGUACCAAGAUGCAGAAACAAUUAACCUAUUUUUCUUUCCUCUUCAUAAGACUGUAAAUUACUUCUUCAACUACAGUCUUUUGCUUUUCACCUUUAAAUAUGCCCCCUAAAAGGAGUAGGAAUUUGUAUUUUCUUGCCAUUAGUGAAGAGAGGAGCAAGUAACUACUGGCUGACUGAGCUAGUUGACAAGCUCAUUUGUUUUAGUCUUAAGCGCAGUAGGAUCUCUAGCAAUUCCCCUCUCAUCAACUUCCCAAUGUACUCUGUACUAAUCCAUUGAUGGGACCAGGAACUGCAUCUGGCCACUUAGCUCAUGGGUCAAAAACUGAGACAAAUAAUUAUUUUUUAUUAGUCUUUCAUGGGUUAUUUCCGUCACUAGCAUUUCAUCCUAAAAUGCCCUACAGAUAUAGCAUUUUUUUGUACGGACAAUGAAGGUGAUUUAUUUUCUCAGUUGUGCAGUCUUUGAAUUAUGUAGAACUGGCAAAUGCUGACAGAUGGAAGAAGGGCCAAAAAUCUGAUUUUAUCUUAGCAAUUCCUGUCUGUGGGGAAACUAAUCUGCUUUCCUUAAUGCUCUGCCUAGUCUAAAUCCAACAUUAAUACUUUAAUUUCUUCAUUCAGACUUUACUGCAAUAAUGUCAGCCUGUUUGACAAUUAUUUUGUUUCUGUAAGCUGGUUAUUGUUGACACUACGUCUAACCCAAGUAACAGUUUAUAUAUGAGGAAACAACACGUUUCAGCUCAGAUUUGAAAUCUUUAUGCUUUUGCAGUUUCCAAAUGAAAUGAAUGAAUGAAGGAUUUUUUCAGUAUUCCCACUUACUUAGAUCCUACAGAUCCAUUGCCUGAAUGUUUAAAACAAUAUUUAUUUAACAUGCAAACAUUUAGUAGCAACAAUUCAGAAAGAUGGGCAGCUAUGAAGGAGGGAGAAAAGUAUUAGUUAGGCUCCUAACUGCUUGCUUAGCUGACACCUACUGCCUAUCAUCAUAUCCCCACCAACUGCACCAGAAUAGAUUAAUGUCUUUCAGUCAUGUGUCAUUUAUGGAAUCUUGAUAUGUGCAAACUGACUACUGUACAUCCCAAUGUUAACUACACUUGAACAGUAUACUGUUGAUUGUAAGCAUUUUGGAAUGUUUUCAGAUUAGGAUUAGCAUUUUUCAACAAAUGAGCACCCUGCCAUCAAGGCGUACAGCUAGACAAGGGUUGAUGGAGAUUUUGAUUUAUUGCUGUUGACCAAUUCUCAGAUAGCCUUUACCCAUCCAAUGCAAAUAGUUGUUUCUUGUUUUUCUGUCAACAGUUAACUUACAACACCAUCAGUGAAACCCAUUCCUAACCUAAAGAUUGUUCUUUGCCUGUGCUGAUAUUUUAUUUCUUCUGAUUCAUUUCUUUAAAUAAUCAAACUUUAAAAUAAUUGUUCCAUUACUCAUAAGAUUGCUUUACCAGUAUUGGUGGGCUUUCAUAAUAGAGUAGCAGAGUCGAUGUUUAAUCAAACUGGCUGUGAAAGAAGUUGAAAUUAGUCACAAUGGAAGUUCCUUUGUAAGACAGGUAACUUAAUUUCUUUUGCUUCAUAGCUGUAUUAGAAAACACUUUCAUAGGCAUCUUGGCUAUUGAUGUUUUUCUUCCUUUUUUCUCGUCCUAUCUCCAUAUUAUACAACUUAUGAGACGAAUUUUCAUUUGACAUCCAGACUGUUGACUAAUUGGCAUAUAUUAUCUUUUUUACCCUUGGCAUAUUUUGCUUGAUCUCAGCCUUGAGUUUUACGUUCUGUAUAGGCCAAUGAAAAGGGCAUGUUAUCUUGAGCUAGUUAGUAUCAGUGGGUAACCUAGAUUUUGAGUUUUCUAUAAAUAAUCAUAUUGUUCAACUUUCUUUCACACCACUUGUUCAGUCAAAUGUAAAAUAAGCAAGGGUUAGGACAUGAUCUAUCUUCAGUAGAACUGUGAUGUGAAGAACGUACUGUACAACAUGUUAAUCUUUAGGACAAUUCGACCCCCUUCAGUUCACCACAUGUGCUUACUGUUCUAAUUCUAGGAGAGAGGGUUCAAUCUUGCUGCACUCCUUUAUAAGUAAACAGGUCACCUUCAGAUUAAUAGUUUAACAUUGCAAUUGGAGUGGUUAUUGCACUGUUGAGCAGGGAGUUUAUAUUUUUUGGAAUGCAUUACAGAGAGUAAUGAUCAAAAUUGAAAAUGUAAAUACUUCAAUCUACUUGGGAGGGGAGUGCAGAGUCUGGUCUUUACUAACAAGUUAAAAACAUUCUAAUUAGCUGUUGCAAUCAAGUAAAGUUAGGUAAGUUUUAUUUUUAAUGACUAAUUUGUAUCAAACCUUGAAAUCAGAGCAUUAAACAGUGACAGAUAGAGUUGGAAACUUUCCAAACAUGCAUAGAAGAAUGCACAGCCUGUUGUGUAUUGUGAAGUGUUUUAAACAAGUGAUUGAUGUGAAACAUUGCUGUGUUGCAAGGUGCAUUGUUUGGUAUGAUGUGUGGAAGCAGUGAUUUUGCUAACACAUUUUUCAGUGAGGUGAGAUACAAAGUCUUAUACAGAUUAAAGAUCCUUUAUAGAAAAUGACAUUGGUGGUUGCACUGUUGGGAAAUAAAUUUGGACUUUAGUAACUGUGCAUCGCCCUACUGCGACACAUUACAAAUAUACAGCAAGUCCACCAACAUGUGAGUAGAAAAAAGAUAAAUUAAGUAAUUGGGAGUUCUGAAACAUUCAUAACCUUCCUUCUUUACUUCCAGAUACCAAUGGAUUUGCUAAAAAAAAGUCAUAAUCUUCCUUAUUUGCUUCCAUACACUAAUGGACUUGCUGAGUUUCCGAUUAUCUUUUGUUGUUUAUUUCAGGAUUUGAUCAUCUGCUGUAUUGAGUGCUUCCUCUGAAAAAUCAUCCUCACCUCACUGUUGAGAGAAUAGCCUAUUCAAUACUCAUUUGAAAACAAGCUUAAAUUAUUGUGAAAUGGAGUGAAAGGAAAAUCUCGAGAUGUGGUCAGAUUCUAGUGACACCACUGCAAAAAGGCUAAAAGAUAAUGCUGUAUGAACAGCAUGUUGAUUGAAGUGGCCACACCGCCAUUUUAUGUGCGCAACUGAAAAAAGUGCACAUUGUCUUUUAGAAGAUAGCUAUCUUAUAUAAUCUCUGAAUUUAGUCAAAUGGCUGUCUGUUGGGGGAGAAAAACACAACUGGAACAACAUUCUGGAGCCACCUGGACUUGUGCUUUUAAUUAAUCUGGUCUUUGACAUAAAUGAAAUCUAAUGUUUCAGAAAGGUACAUCAAAAAUGGCUAUUUAUGGUUCUUCUUUUACUAUUAAAUCAUUUCUUUGAUCGUUUUUUAAAAUUCAGUACAAAUAUUGGACCUGUCCUUGGAACUAAUAUCUUAAAAUUCCAGAAAGAGGAUAAUUGAGCAAUUUAAAUACAACUCCUUUUCCAAAACAAAGGUGUCUGAUAUUUUGAAAAUUAUUGGCAUAACUUGCCAACUAUUUCUAACACUGCAUCGCAAAAAUAAAAUCACUGACAUCCCAAAAAUCAAGCAUGAUGACAACUUAAAUGUUCAGAAUCCCAAAAUGGAAUUGGAUUUACCAUUAGUUUGGGGAUUGCAUUCCACAGUUCUUCCAUGUUUUACUGUAAGGCAGAAAUCUUAUUUAUGGAGGACUUGCUAUUCCAGUGAUAAUAGCAAAGAUGGUAAACCCUUCACAAUUACUGUUUGCCAGAGGAGUCCCUCACUCCCAUGCGUUUCCCUCCCAAUUCUGUAAAUAUGCCCUAACUUUACAGAUACAUACAGCAGAACAUUUGUACUUGGGACCAAGUGCUUAAUAGUCUUUUCCUGAUGUAUCAUUUGCCUGAUCACUUGAACCAUGAGCUGUGAAAACGCACAAGGCAUCAUAUAAACCAAUGGCUGAUUUUUCUGUAAAGUCUUCACAUAUUGCUUCCAGAAUGUUCUUCCUGUACUCUUACUUCCAUGUGCAUAAAAUUAGUAGUUUGUUAAUAUGUAUAAUUUAGCAUCGAUUGCACUGGUAUGUAAAUAUUGAGUAAGUAUUGUAAACUGUUUUACUGCAAGGGGGAAAUUGUUGAGAGAGUAACAUUUAGGAUUGCACUUUUUCGUAUAAUUUUUUUGUAUUGUAAAAUAACAGCUAAUUUAAUGGUUGAAAUUUGAAUUGAAAUAGAAAUAAUAAAGAACUACAAAGUGGGGGAAAUGACUGUAA